AUGAAUCUUUUAGACUUGCCUGCUGAAAUUUUAUUGCGCAUAGUUUAUGAUAUACCCAGCAUUCAGGAUAAAUGUCAACUUUUACAAACAUGUACACAUUUCAACAUUUUACUUUCCUCGCAUCCUACCUGUUGGUCACGACUUGACCUUUCACCCUUUCCGUCUAUACAUAAUACAGCACUCUUGACAUUCUUCAAGAAUUGCGGUAUUUCUUUGGCCCCUUUUCCUUCCGGCAAUGACUCCACUUCAAGCGUUGUUUCUGCUUUAGAUAUUAGUGGCUGUAGAGGUCUAUCGGAAACCAUGUUACAGGCACUAUCCAAGACCUUUACGAGCUUGACAGAACUAAACAUCAAUGGGUAUCGUCUAUCAAACGAGACAGAAUACGAUGAGGAGCAGCCAAGGGCAUUCGAACAGCUUCGUGAUCACGUAUUUCAAGUGCGACCUUCUCAUGAUCUAUCUUCCAUGACUAUGGACCUUUCCAAAAGACUUGUGCAACAACUAAAGAUUCCGUUUAUUCUGAUAUUAGAUAUGCUUUAUUCAUUGCAUCACCUUCAGUCACUAUCAAUGCAAUACCAGGAGCUGACACCUCCUCGUUGGCUAUGUAAGCCGUUUGAGCAGCUCCGCCAUAUUCGACAUUUAGACAUAUCAUCUUGCAUAGUUAGUCAACCAGCCCUCCAGACUCUCUUGCGGGUCGUCGGCGGUCAAUUGAUCAGUUUGAAAAUGCUCAAUAUUGACUUAACCUACUUGACCAUCCUUAGUCUUGGACAACAUGCAAGAAAUCUUGAAUGUCUUCAUCUCUCCUGUGACGAUCAAAGCCAGAUCACAGCCAUCAGCAACGCAAUUGCUUGUAUGAAGAAGCUCAAAGAUUUUCGACUUACUCGUAUGCGUAUGGGUUCACUGACGGCCGUGAUUGAGCAGCUGAACGUUGAUAUUCUCGAAAGGCUCGAUCUAUCACCCAAGAUGAACAUAUAUCUCAAGCCGUUUGCUGCUCGUCGACAACUCCCAGGACAGCAACAACAACAAAUGGAACUACCUCAACAAAGGACGAAUAAGCAUCCCAUCAAGACAUCAGUAUUACCCGCUGCCAAUUACGCCACGAUUGAACAUAGUUUACGGUUGGUAGACGAGGCCUUUCCGAGAUUAUUCCAGUGUCAGCAUCUGGUCGAACUCAGACUGUGCUUCCCCGCCUUUCGCGCAGCGACCUUGCAUCAAUUUUGUCGGUCUGUGGCUGGAUCGUCCCUAGAGAUAUUCGAACUAAGACUGAAGACACCACAGGGGGAUAAAGACGAUGACAACUAUUCUUUAGGGAUCCCGCUACUUACCAAUCUCAAGGAACUCUACCUUUACUCUGUCUAUCUGCCAGUUAACAGCAUUAGGUCAAUAGGAUCGAAUCUGAAAAAGAUGACAUGUUUGACAAUCUCUGAUGGCGGAAAAUGGAUAGAAAAGACCGAACUGCACACUGUAUUGCUACAUAAUCUACCUCUGCUGAGACUAUUUCGGCUAGGCAAACUAAGUAGACCAAUAUCAACAUGGCCGGAAGAUGUGAUCGUGAAGAGGGAUAGUCAAUCCAAUAUUGUCUUUAUCAAAUCUUAUCCUGAACGUGUGUGGUGUGUUCAAUAA